UCUUGACUCUGGGCACCAGCAGGAGGCCAGUCCCUGAAGUCCUCAGAGUGUGAGUACAUAAAGAUAAAUGAAAAAUUAAGGGGGAAAAAAAUGGUAUAGGGUUAUAUAGUCUACUGCUGUAGCAAUAAAUUAGUAUUAUUUUGAAAAUGAGACAUUUAUUUAUAAUAUUCUUUUCAUUCUCAUAAGUAGGCUACAGAGCAGAAGGCAAGGGCAAGGCAAGUUUAUUUGUAUAGCACAUUUUGUACACAAGGUAAUUCAAAGUGCUUUACAAAAUAAGAAAUACAUUAAAAUCACAAUACAACAAAUCAAAGCACAAAUAAUCAUCAUAAAAUUAACAUUAAAGGAGAAAAGUGCAGAAUAAAAAGGUUGAUAUAGAGGGUAGGGGAAAGCACAAAUUGUCUGGGCUCUCAGUCUUCAAAUGCAAGACAAUGCAGCCUUACUCCAACAUGCAUGAUUCACUCAAAUCCUUCUUUGAGUAAGCUAAUGAUGAAGGGGAAAGUCCAUUUUACAUAAUAUAUCCCCUUUAAUCGUGUAUUUGAUUGAUUUAGCCUAGCUCUAGAUUACUCAUUUGUCUGACAGGGUUGAACCAGGCUGAGAUCACGCCUCUGGGGGAAAUGUGGGAUGGAGGUUUAGUUUUUUCUGAGCUCUGUACGCGUCAGUGUGCUCCGGGGAAGCUGCUGCUGCUGUGAGUCUGAGUCUGUGCGUGUCUGUGUGGAGCCACGUGAACGCGCCUCGCUCCCACCGCGCCCCCGCCUGUGUCCUGUGUCCUGUGUCCUGUGUCCUGUGGGGACUCACGAUCAUCGGGAACCUCCACGAGGACAUAGCCACUAUUUGAAAAUGACCGUCGAAAGGAUAUUUGACGAGCUCGGACAUUUUAAAAGAUUUCAGGCUUGUCUCUACUUUGCUGCUGUCUUCCAAGCUGUUGCAUGUGGAAUCCACUACCUGGCCAGUGUAUUCCUGGUGGAGACGCCUAACUUUGUAUCCAUUAUACCUGACAACAUCACCGACAUCCUCUACGGCAACAUAACAGCGUCUAGCAUUCAAGAAAUCCUGCCUGAGUUUAAAAAUGGGAAGAAGGCGCUGGUGGUGAGGACAGAUCAGGGAGAGCAGUGGGAGUUGAGCAGAUGCGAGUGUGCGCUUCGGAUCAACCCGACGGAUUUUACCUAUGAAUUCUAUGGCAACAAGAGCAAGAAAGCCUGUGACAGUUUUGUUUAUGACCACACUGAAAUUCAGAGUAGCAUAGUGACGGACUGGGACCUGGUGUGCGAGGGGGAAUGGCUGGCCAAACUGUGCCAGCCCACCUUCAUGCUGGGAGUGCUGAUCGGUGCCCUGGUGUUCGGAGACAUUGCUGACAGGGUGGGCCGUGUAAAAAUCAUGAGACUCACCAGCCUCUGCCAGUUUGGGUUUGGAGUGGCUGUUGCUUUCUCUGCAAAUUACUAUAUAUUUGUGGUGCUUCGAUUCCUUCUUGCGAUGGUGUCCAGUGGAUACUUGGUGGUGGUUUUUGUCUAUGUGACGGAGUUCACUGGCAUAAAGGUGCGCACCUGGACCUCCAUGCAUGUACAUGCAGCCUUUGCAGUGGGCAUCAUGGUGGUGGCGCUGACUGGGUACUGUGUGCGAGUGUGGUGGAUCUAUCAGAUCAUUCUCUCCACCUGCACAGCACCCUUCCUGCUCUUCUGCUGGAAGUUUCCUGAGACCCCCUUCUAUCUGCUGGCUAAGGGCCAAUUCAGCGAGGCCCAGAGCCUGCUGGACAACAUAGCCCGAGUGAAUGGGAUGGAGUGCAGGCUGAGAGCAGAGGAGCUGAUGGAGCCGGAGGUGAAGAAUGGAACUGCUCUGCUGCAGAAAGAGGCUCAGUCAGCAGCUCAAAAUGAAAAGAAGCUCUCCAUUCUGGACCUGUUUGGCAGCUGGAGGAUGGCAGGACGUACCUGCACUGUGUGGGCCAUCUGGUUCAUCGGCAGUCUGGGCUACUAUGUCUUCUCUUUGGGCUCCGUCACCCUUGGGGGGAACCAGUAUGUCAACCUGUUUCUUGUCGGUCUAGUGGAGCUUCCCUCUUAUCUGAUUGGCUGUUUUGCCAUGGACCGGAUUGGGAGGAAGAGGACUUGCGCCCCUGCUCUGCUCUUGGCCUCCGUUGCGUGCGUCCUCAUCAUUGUGGUGCCUGCUAAAAUCCAGCCUCUGACUGUUGCUUUGAGUAUGAUUGGAAAGUUCUCUAUUGCAAUUGCCUUUGGUCUUAUCUACCUGUACAGCUGUGAGCUUUACCCUACCAUUAUCAGGUCUCUGGCUGUGGGCAGUGGCAGUAUGAUGUGCCGUGUGGGCAGUGUAGUUGCUCCAUUCUGUGUGUAUCUGGCUGAUGUAUGGAUCUACCUACCACAGUUAAUUGUUGGAAUUCUUGCUUUCGUUAUUGGAAUGUUAACUUUUAUGUUGCCGGAAACACUUGGAAAACCCCUGACCUCCACCUUAGAAGAGGCUGAAGCGCUGGGACUGGAGCCCAAAAAGAGGAAUGCUCCUAAGGACUGUAAACAUGUGGAGGAGAAGAUGGAGAUGAACCCACAUGACAACACAGUCUGACCUGUGUAUCUCUGAAUAUCUCUGCUUUGGCCUGGUGCUGAUGCUCAUUAAGAUGUUUUUUUUUUUUUUUUUUUGUAAAACUGGUUCUUUGUUUAUGUGAGACCAACAGCAAAAAAACUUUUAAUGUGUACAUCCUUUUCAGUAUUAUCAAGAAUAUGUGUGGAACCAAUGACUGUAUAUAGAAGUAUAUAUACAGUCUAUGGUCUCACCAAAAGAAAUGAGCCAAAUCAAAUAUGAUUUUUUAAAUUGUAAUUAAUGUAUUUAUUUCUUUUUAAAUUUUAAGAUGGUACUUGU